UGCACCUAUCCUUUUGGUUUGAAAUACAAAUUUGGAUGGUCUUGCAUAUUAAGCAGGGCUGCCUCAAAACUUACCUCCUGGAUAGCUACGUUGGCAAGGAUUUAGAUCUCAGAGGAAUAAAGCAAUAGCAAGGAUGAUCCAGCUCCACGAGGCACAAGGACACCUCAUGCUUUUAAACUGACCUGUUAUUUUGGAGUUUAUUGUUAUUACAUGGACGAAUGAGCUUUGUCCCAGUGCUGGAAUUACCCAGACUUGUAAAGAGUUAGCAGUACCUGCUGUGGAGGAUGACAUCUAUGCUGAACAGCUUCUUGCUGUGUCUCUGUGUCCCACAGAUUGUGACACAGGGAAAGUUUGUGGGUCAAACUCCACAGUCUUUAAACUCCUUGGGUGAAGAAGAGACCAUCCUGCCCUGUCAAUACCAGCCAAAUGGCAGCGAUGUGGUGGUGCAGGUCACCUGGUUCAAGGAAAAAUCUGAUAAUACCAAGGAUCAAAUCAUCAUUGCAAACAGGGAAAAUGAACAGACAGCAUUUGGGACAUGGGUGCAACAUGUACGCUUCAAAAGCAAUGAACCCACUGUGGAUUCAUCUCUGGUCAUCAUGAACACUCAAGUCUCUAAUGAGGGGAAGUACAUCUGCCACAUCAGUACCUUCCCAUAUGGCAACUUUGAGAGAAAAAUGUCACUUAUUGUGUGGACCAAGCCUAUUACCUCCUUGGAUCCUGUGGUUGUAGUGGAGGGACAGUCGUAUCAGCAGGUUGCAUCCUGUCGCUCUGUGGCCCGACCACCGCCCCUCCUCUCUUGGGACACAGAACUAGAUGGCCAUUCCGUCAACCGAUCCUCAGAAAGUGGUGCAGUCUCCACACUCUACUCCCUGCAGCCACUGAGGAGUAUGAAUGGCAAGAAGCUUGACUGUCUAGUCCGGCAUCCGGCUUUAGGUGCCCCGCAGAGGCUUCGAAACAACCUAGUGGUACACUUUCCUCCACAUGCAGAGGUGUCUGGGUACAAUGGAGACUGGUAUGUUGGUCUGGAAAAUGCUGCCCUGAGGUGUAUGAGUGAAGGAAAUCCAAAACCCCACAGUGUCACUUGGAUCAGAAUCGGUGAAAAGUUGCCAGAAUGUGCCGUCUCCCAUCCUAAUGGGACUCUUGUUUUUGGGAAGCCUCUCAACCUAUCAGAUGAAGGCAUCUACCAGUGUACAGCAGUGAAUGAAGUGGGAAAAGCAAAGGCUGAGGUGCAGAUACGUUUGAGAGAAAGCCCUAAGAAGGAGAAAGAGUCUGAAAAUAUGUUGACAAUCAUUGUGGGAGGAGCGGCUGCUGGGCUUCUGAUCAUGAUGUUUAUCGUUAUCAUUACACUCACUUGUCACCACAAACGCAAGAGCAAGAAGCUGAAGAGGGAACUGACUGAGAAGAAGAAUGAAAUAAGCACUCUCUCCAGGCAAGCUUCUUUCAGGAGGAUGAACUCUGUCAGCACUGAUACAAGAGGAAUGACAGAAGAGAGCAUCCCUUUGAGAGUGGAGGGAAUGAUGAGGACAAGCCUUUCAUCCCUCGGGGAACAUCCUCGCUGUCGUGACAGCAGAUCUACUAUAUCAGGUGGGAGGGGACUCGGGGGUCCAUAUGACUCCCUGGGCAGGCCAGUCCUGCACAACAACUCCAGGAGGGGAAGAGAUAGGCUUCUGGACAGAGAAGAGGAGAACCGGCUCAGAGUGGAAACAUAUGUGAGAAACAGUACAAUGUCGUUGCAAGAAUGUCGUUUACACCCUCCUCUCAUGCAAUCGACCUUCCCUACUAUUCAGUCAACAGGGAUUUUAAGACAAUUGAAUGGCACUAUCAUUAUACCAGCAGAUGGGAGUUCACGACAAGGAAGUAUCACUAAGGAUUACCUUAACCCUGCUAUGAGCUGCAGUUACCCUCCAGUAACAUAUGAUGAGGAUGAAGUUGAUGAAGGGUUGGGCGGUCCUGCUAGUCAAGAGCAUGCUGACGAUCAAGACAGCGAAACCAACAGCUCUCGUGUGUCUGACAGUCGCACACAAAGGCCCAGUCUAAGGACAAGUCCCCUUUUAGACAGUCCUCACAAUUCAUUCAUCCACAAGGCCCAGAUUGUAUAGCAGGAAAACAACCAAUAUAGACAAUAUGGACCUGGUAAAAUCUGGUUUUGUUUUAGGGAGGUUUAAAAAAAAUUUUGCAGUCAGUUCACACUUCAAGGACACUUUUCCUGUAAUGACACUUAGCUUGUUUCCUGACAAAAUACUGUUUGCGACCUAGUUUGGUCCUCUCCUGAAAUAUGCACACCUCCCUAUUACUUUCCUCAUAAAAAAGCAGAUCAAGAUAAAUCUGUCCUUCACGUGUAAUGAUAAAUCUGUACAAAUGUGCAUAUGAAAUCUUUGUAAAUGUAAGAUUCUUUCAAAUUGUUUAAUAAUACAAUCCAAAGAUAUGUAUAUACCUACAUUUAAACACAUACCUGAUAAACACAAAUACCUGAUGAACAUCCCCCUAAAUAUAUUGAGGUUUUUCUGAACUUAGUACAGUAUUGUGGUAAGCACUGUCGCCUCACAGCAAGAUUUGGGUACCAGGUCUCGGUUUGAGUCCCCGGAGGACCAGUAUCUGUCUGUGCGGAGUUUACAUUGUCUCCCUGUGUCUCUGUGGUUUUCUCCAAGUAGCUCCAGGAGCUUCCUCCCACUGUCUAAAAACAUACAUUUUAGGUUAAUUGAACACACCAAAUUGCCCAAAGGUGUGACUGUGAUUAUGCGUACGGUUGUUUGUCUUUGUGUGGACAGGUCAUCAGUCCAUUGUUGCUUGCAAUGGACUGACGACCUGUCCAGGGUGUACCACGCCUCUCACCCACUGUCAGCUGGGGUAGCCUCCAGCCCCCCCGUGACCCCAUACAUAAAAAACUGGAUGGAUGUACUGAGUAGCUUAUCUCAAUGCAGUUGGAAAUUGAAGAAACAUUAUAAUACAUUUAUCCACAGGUUACCACAUUACAUGAUGUGGUUGUUUUUAUUAAUACAUCUGGACUAUUAUACCAGAGACAACUGGUCUGUAAUCUUUCACAACUGUGGAUAUAUUGUAUCUAUACAUAAAACCGUUUUCAGAAUCAGUAUAAGAAUGAGGACUUUCCAAGUGUGACAAGAAUGUGACAUUAAAAAUGUUUUAAAGCUUUGGGCAAAACUGAGCACACACCGUUUAAUUAUGUAACAUUAUUAUUUUUAUUUAACUUUUUCUAAGGCUUUCUUAUUUUUUGUGGGUUGUGUUACGGCCCUGUUAGGGAAAACAUGUGCCAAAGGUUUUUUUAAUGGGCCAAAGAUGAAGUAGUAUUUUGUUCUCUAUCCAUGCAUGACACUGUACGGGUAUUAAUUUAUCUUACCUGUCUACAAUAAAAGUUAAAUAUCACUGGAAUUCUAAAUAUUCACGGGGAUGCAUGCACCGAACAUUUGUAACAAAUUCAACCUAAUAUCAUCCGGCACUUAGGAUUAAAGAGUCAGUUAAAUGCUUGGUUAUAAUUGUUGCAACAAGUCCCUCUGGUGUGUAUAGAUGAGAACUGCAGUGAGCUGGACAAGCCAACAUUAUUCUGGUGACUAAUCUAUGAAAGCCAUUGUAAAUUUCAGUUUGAUGAUAAAGAUAUUACAGGGUUUGUUCCUGGAAUUUUUUUUUAAGGGGAAGGAGGGCUUCAUUUUUACAUUUGUGGGCAUAAAUAAAUGUGCAUGCUCUUUUAUGUCAAGGUCAAAAAGUGGAUUGCCCUGUAAAUCAAAUUUCUUUUUUUUUUUUCUGACAUUGUAAAGCAAUACCAAACACAUGUAAAAUAUCAAAUAAAC